AUGAGACAAAGGCAUUGGGUGGAGUUGAUUAAGGACUAUAACUGUACGAUCGAGUAUCAUCCUGGCCGAGCUAAUGUUACGGUGGAUGCCUUGAUUUGGAAGUCUAGUGAAAGCCUAGCUUAUCUCCGAAUAGCUUAUUUACCAUUACUAGUGGAACUGCAAAAAGAUGGAGAAGAACUGGGAAUAAGCCAACAAGGUGGACUACUUACUGGUUUGCAUGUGAGGCCUAUUCUGGUUGAAAGGGUUAUUGCAACCCAAUUGGAGGAUCCUACACUGAGUAUGAUAAGACUAGAAGUAGAGAAUGGUACACGGAUAGAUUAUGCAGUGGGAGAAGACAGAGCCUUGGUAAUUGGAACUCGUCUCUGUGUACCCAAGAACGAAGAUUUAAAGAGAGAAAUCGUGGAGGCCCAUUGUUCAACAUAUUCUAUGCACUCGGGUAGUACUAAGAUGAAUAGGACACUACAUGAGUACUACUCGAGGCCGUAUACGAAGGGUGACAUAGCUAGAUAUUUGAGCGGGUGUAUGAUUUGUCAACAAGUGAAGGAGGAGUGA